GUACACACACACACAUACACAUCCUCUUCUGCAUUUCCUCAUUGCACAUGCUCAGUGUGCUACUAGUUCAGACGUACACAUGACAGACUGACUGACAGACUGACAGACGGACAGACAGACAGACGGAGGGGGAGAAGAAACAAACAAGAGAAGAGAGAGAGGAGAGGAACCACACGUUUACCAGUUCUCUGAAACUUGACUUCUAAAUAGGUGAAACAAUGUCUACAUCAUAGAACUAGACUAUCAUUCUAUUCUCAUUCUAGUUCUAUGUUCUACAGUACAGACACAGGUUGUCUUAGAACCCUGGCAUUACUUCUAGAAUGUUUGUUAUUAGAAUUCUUAGAGUUGACCACAAACAUCUUAAGUAAUUGCUAGCUAAAAAACAUUCUGUGCAGAUGAAUCUACAAAUGUUUUAUUUGACAAAAUAUUUUUUCACAUUUGAUGAGUUAUUCGAUCACAGUUUUCCUUUACCUGAUGCAUCAUAUUCAGGCAUGUUGCUAGGAUCCCAAAUACAAUGCCCAUUCUAGAGUUGUAAUAAGCCAUUGAAUGGACCUGACCAUUCUGUAUAGGAAAUUCAGAUGAACCGAUUGCUGUUGUUGUUAUCUCUUCUGUGUUCAACAAUGCCAAUAUCUACUGGUUCUUCACUCUUCUGUUCUCCCUGAAGAGAAACCAGACGUUGUUUUGUGAUUGGCUGGUCUGUUGCGCUGAGAUUGAGGAGAAGUCACUCCCCUAUUCUCUAACCACUGAUUGUGAGAGAAACUGUGUGGAUUUUGUCACAACUAUCUGGGCUGUUCAGAGGUGAAGAGCAGAGAGGAGUCUGCCCGUCUACUUGGACCGUCAACACAUCAAUCAAUCAAACAAUAGAUUUAUUGAUCUAUCGACUGACCAACCUACCCUGCUCAUUGAGUGCCCCCCUGUGGACCUCCAUUCAACCAUCCGUCCGUCCAGACUGGCUCUCUCUCCCACCCAUUCUUGCCCAGGGAAAAGUGAGGUUGAGGAGGAUGGCUGAGGGGCAUGUUGGGCCCUACCCCCAGGUGUUCGUGGUGGACAGCCAGGCGAGCCACGUCCCCAUGCCCAGUGGGAGGCACCUUAGGUGGGGAGGGAUCGGCCGGAGAGCCCUUCAGCUCCUGGUGGGUCUUGCGCUGGUCGGGAUCGUCAUGGAAGCCUGCUUUAUCGUGCACUUGUACAACAGGACAGGGGCCCUGAUGAAUGCUCAAUCCUUUAUCCAGAGGAGUGGCUCAGCUCAGGGUCUGACUGGAUCUGAAGAGACCAAUGACAUUUUAGUCGAGCAUACGAGGAGGACACGCCCAGCUGAAAUCCAACGGAAACCCUCAGCACACUUGAUAGGCCUGUCAGUGGGUGAGGAUAGUGUCGUUCUGUGGGAAUCAGAUAAGGGCCUGUCUGCCUUCACAGAUCAGAUGGACUACAAAGAUGGCCACCUGGUGGCACAGAGGGAAGGUUACUACUAUGUGUACUCCAAAGUGCACUUCGUUGAAGACUGCUUUCUGUUCAAACACACGGUGAUGAGGAUCACAGAGGGUUACAAAAACAUACCACUUGUGUUGAUGAAAGCUAACAGGUACCAUUGCCCUUCCAAGGAUUCCAGACCAAAGAAGAGUUCUCAUCAGAAUCUUCUGAACAGCUACCUGGGCGGAGUCUUCCAUCUGUUGCCUGGAGACAUCAUCUAUGUAACCGUGGACAACAGGACGCUGCUGAGACUUGGAACUGAAGAUAAUUUCAUGGGGGCAUUCAUGAUUUAGGAGACAGUGUGUAUUGACACACACAUAUGGACAGGCACGCAUACAUUUGUCAAUCAGAUUUGUGUGUCAGUUAUAUUAUUUCAACGUAUAGAUUCUAACCAUCCAUGGAUUAAGGCGGGAAUUCAAUCCAAGGUGUGUUAUAGGGAAUCACACUAGAAAGCAGACAAUGGCCUUUUUAAAGGUAUUUUAAUCUUGAGUCAACAUCUGCAGCUUUUACCGCGAAUGCCUCCUCUGCAAACGGCAGGGAAAAUAACUUUAAAACAUGCAUUGUCUAGUUCAGUGUUUCUCAGUCCUGGUCCUGGGGACCCAAAGGGGUGCACUUCAUAGUUUCAUAGUUUUGAUGUCUUCACUAUUA